CAGCAUAUUAGAACAAUGAAGCUGUUUCUGGUAGUCCUCGGAGUCACUGCGGCUUUAGCUGCACCUCAGCCCCAGUUCCAAGAGAUCGUUACCGACUACCAUGGGCAGAUCGGUAUUCCUGAGGCCGCACGCAUCAAGGCCGCAGAGGCUGCGUCUGAUUUCGAUGGCUCCAGAAUAGCUGGUGGAUCCCUGGCCAACCUUGGACAGUUCCCAUACUUUGGAGGCUUACUUGUCACUUUGACCACUGGUGGACAGUCCGUUUGUGGAUCAACUCUCGUUACUAACAAUCGCGCUGUGACAGCUGCUCACUGCUGGCGUACGCAGAACCACCAAGGACGUCUUGUUUUGCAUGUUAGUGGGUCUGCAACGCUGUUCAGCGGUGGUAACCGUGUUACUUCUAACAACGUUAUUAUGCACGAAAACUACAACAUGCAAUCUCUCCAUAACGACGUGGCGGUCAUUGUCCUCCCCAACAUUAACAGCAACAAUGUGAUCCGCCCUAUUAGCCUCGCGAGUGGCAAUAACUUGUUUGUUGGAGUACAAGCACAGGCCUGUGGCUUCGGAAGGACUGGUGACUCUUGGUCGGGAGGAAUUACUACCAGCCAGCAAUUGAGACAUGUCAGUCUUCCUGUCAUCUCUAAUGCGGACUGCGCUGCAGUUUACGGUUCCGGUCCUGUCAUUGCCUCUACUAUAUGUGUCUCUGGAAGUAACGGCCGCAGUACUUGUGGAGGUGACUCUGGUGGUCCUCUUGUCUACAAUAACCAAUUGAUUGGUAUUACAUCUUUCGGUGCCGCCGCCGGUUGUCAACGAGGUUUCCCUGCUGGUUUCGCUAGGGUUACCUCUUUCAACUCUUGGAUCAGCGCUCGUUUGUAAUAAAAAUGUUUACUUGAAACCUUUUUAUAUCAAUUUAUAAAAUUAAAAAGUUUUAAAAUAAA